CGCUGACGAUCGAUACAGGAAGUAAGCUAUUAAAAAAAAUCCAGAAAGAAAGAAAAAGAAAAAUUAUAAAUCCGCUGAGUUUCGCUUCGUCAUCCUGCUUCCACACGCUAGCUCGCAAGAGGCUGCCUACAUAAGCAGACUGAUUUCCAAUUCCUCUCUAUUCAAUCCCUCGGAAUCUACAGAAUCUGCCAGCUUCUUCCCCCCCACCCUUCCUUCCUUUUCCUCUCUUUCUUUCCCAAUUCGGAAGGAAGAGCUCGAGAUCCCCGAGAAGAAUUCUUCAACCACCCCCCGCCGCCGGGGACGCGGGCCACCGGCCGGCUCUUCCUUCUCCGCCUGCCCAAUUCUUCCAUCAUCUUACCACAUAUAUCAUUUCUCUGCCCUUGUCGUUUUAAUCAGUUUCAUCGAUACCAAGGGUCGUGAUUUCUGCAAGUGAAGAGGUGAAAUCCAGGGGAUAUAAUUGGGCUUGUAUUCCGGAGCUUGGGGGGAUUAGAAAGGGGCUACUGGGAUUGAGUUUCUGAUGGGUUUUCUGGUGGAUUCGCAAAACGAUGGCGGACCCGGGUUCUGGGGAGGUUGCGUGAGGACUCUGAUAAGGAGGAAGCAGGUUGAUUCCGCUGACGGCAAUGUUCACGGCCACGGUGGUCACCACCAGUUGGCCAAGGAGCUCUCCGUUCUUCAUCUCAUUGCCAUUGGCGUUGGCUCGACGAUUGGAGCUGGAGUUUAUAUUCUCGUAGGGACUGUUGCUAGGGAGCACUCUGGGCCAGCACUUGCCCUAUCUUUUCUGUUCGCUGGAUUUGCUGCCGCUUUGUCAGCCUUCUGCUAUGCAGAACUUGCGAGUCGCUGCCCAUCUGCUGGCAGUGCCUAUCACUACUCGUACAUUUGUGUUGGAGAAGGAGUUGCUUGGUUGGUUGGCUGGGCUCUGAUUCUGGAAUAUACAAUUGGCGGGUCAGCAGUUGCUCGUGGCAUUUCCCCCAAUCUGGCAUUGCUUUUUGGAGGCGAAGGCAGUCUUCCAUUUUUCCUGGCACGUCAAGCGAUCCCGGGGCUUGGUAUUGUGGUGGAUCCAUGUGCUGCAAUUCUUGUGUUUGUUGUCACUGGGCUCUUGUGUGUGGGAAUCAAGGAGAGUACUAUGGUACAAAGCAUAGUGACAAUAGUGAACGUUUGUGCCAUGAUCUUCGUCAUAAUAGCUGGAACUUAUUUGGGCUUCAAGACUGGUUGGCCCGGAUAUGAGCUUCCUACUGGGUACUUCCCCUUUGGUGUAGAUGGCAUGCUUGCCGGUUCUGCCACUGUCUUCUUUGCUUACAUCGGUUUUGAUUCAGUUGCCAGCACAGCUGAAGAGGUGAAGAAUCCUCAACGUGAUUUGCCGAUGGGAAUAGGGUUUGCAUUGUCCAUCUGUUGUUCCCUCUAUAUGCUGGUGUCAAUUGUUGUCGUUGGUUUGGUGCCCUACUAUGCAAUGGAUCCCGAUACUCCAAUCUCAUCUGCAUUUGCUGCUCAUGGGAUGCAAUGGGCAGCUUACAUCAUAACAGCUGGAGCUGUCAUGGCACUGUGCUCCACACUGAUGGGGUCAAUUCUACCUCAGCCUCGCAUCUUAAUGGCUAUGGCUAGAGAUGGAUUGCUGCCAUCAUUUUUCUCAGAUGUCAAUAAAAAAAGUCAAGUUCCUGUGAAGAGCACUGUGGUGACUGGACUCUGUGCCGCCACCCUGGCAUUCUGUAUGGAUGUUGAUCAAUUGGCAGGCAUGGUCAGUGUGGGGACACUUCUUGCAUUCACUAUGGUUGCAAUUUCUGUCCUAAUACUCAGAUAUGUACCGCCGGAUGAGGUGCCUGUUCCAUCCUCACUUCAGGACACAAUAGAUAGUGUGUCAUUGCAUUACAACAGAAUUAGUGAGGGUUCUAGUAAGAAAAAGUCAAAGGCUCAUGCUGGCACUUCCAAGGAUUCUAAACAGCCUUUGCUUGUUGGAAAGAAUGCAUCGGCAGACUAUCCUGACCUUGUCAAAGAGGACCCUUCAGUUAAAUAUGUGUUGAAUGAAGAGAAAAGGCGGAAAAUUGCUGGCUGGACCAUAGCAUUCACAUGCAUUGGGGCAUUCACACUUACAUAUGCAGCUUCGAGUUUGGCUAUCCAGUGGCUCGUUCGGUAUUGCUUGUGUGGAUUCGGUGGAGCUCUUCUCCUGACUGGCUUGGUUGUGCUGACAUGUAUAGAGCAAGAUGAAGCAAGGCACAACUUUGGACAUUCUGGAGGUAUGUCAUCAAUCAGCCUAUUUAUAUUUCAUGAUCGUUACUUGCAGAAGUAGGACUCAUGAUGCAGCAAAUAAGCAUAUAGGUCGACUUGAGGAAGAAUUUCUAUCACUUGCAUAUCUGCCUUCCUUCAGGUUGCCAUAAUUGGCUGCUUUUGGAAAUGCAAAUCAUGAAUGAUGCAUUAGCUAACAAUUUAUAAUGUUUGGGGAUGUCGCUUUUCCUUCUUCAGGUUUCACAUGCCCGUUUGUUCCUCUCCUCCCUAUCUUCUGCAUUCUGAUCAAUAUCUACCUGCUCGUCAAUCUUGGUGGUGCCACGUGGGCUCGUGUAUCUGUAUGGCUGGCGAUUGGUGUCGUUGUGUAUUUGUUCUAUGGCAGAAAACACAGCUCGUUAAUGGAUGCAGUAUAUGUGCCAGUGGCUCAUGCUGGAGAGAUAUACGGAAGAAGAAGCUCUGGAGAUACUUUGGCUUGAUGAUGAUGGCUUGCGGCUUGCUAAGUUCUCAGAGAUGGGAAUACGGACAUGGUGUUCUCAGUUGGAGAUGGAACUCUUUCUAGACAACAGAACCUCUUUGUUGUAUGAAAAAUUCAGUCUUGUAAGCUUUAGAAUCAAUUGGCAUAUCUUGUAUCCUCUCUCCACUCCACAUAUAUAUAGCAGCAGCAGUAGCAGAAAUUGAAAUCAGUUUCUCUUUGUAAUAUAUUCAUUGCUGUAUUACGAACUUUCAUCCAUUCCGGCGAACUUGUGUGAUGUGGCAAUAUAGAUUGUACAUAUGUUGUGCCAAGUUGAAACACAUUGUUCUUCUACCUCCCUGAGGGAAAUUCAUUAUAAUCACUGUCUUACUGUCAUUGGAAGUUAUCAAAAUAGUCUCCAUCCCAAAUUUCU